AUGGCCAGCGACCCAAGGCGUCGAAGAUGGCCGGAUCCGGGCCAGCUCGGGUUGGGGAGGCGAGGUAGUAGGCCGGUGGCGGGGCUUGGCGCAGGGGAGGUCGAGGUCGUCGGCAGCAGAGGCUACGACGCGGCCGGGCUUCGGCCGUCAACAGCUCUGGUGGCCAGGACGGGCAUAUUUCCUUCAAUACUUUCCAUAUGGAAUUUUGAUGGAAAGAUCGCAUUCGAAGACAUCCUCAGUGCGACAGAAAAUUUCAAUGAGAAAUAUUGCAUUGGCAUUGGAGGAUAUGGAUUUGUCUUCAGAGUUGAGCUUGAAGGCGGGAUUAUCUUUGCUGUCAAGCUCCUCCACUCGAUGGAAGAAUACAGCGAUGAGGCAACAUUUCAUGCCGAGAUUGAAGUGUUGACAAAAAUCAGGCAUCGAUGCAUUGUUAAGUUAUAUGGCUUUUGUUCCCACUCCCAGUGCAAAUUCCUUGUGUAUGAUCUUAUCGAGAGGGGAAGUUUAUCAUCCAUGCUUCAUGACCAAGAGCUAGUGAAGGAAUUGAAUUGGCCCAAGAGAGUGACUGUUGUGAGAGAUGUAGCUCAAGCUCUCUCUUACUUGCACCAUGAUUGUGAUGAUCCGAUCGUGCAUCGCGACAUAAAAAGCAGCAACAUUCUUCUGGACCUCGAUUUUAAAGCUUAUGUCUCAGACUUCGGCAUGGCGAGGAAACUGAAGCACGGUUACUCAAGCUGGAGCACUAUCUUUGCAGGGACAUGUGGCUACAUAGCCCCGGAAUUGUCAUCUACCAUGGUGUUGACAGAGAAGUGCGACGUGUACAGCUUCAGCGUGGUUGCGCUGGAAGUUUUGAUUGGAAAGCACCCAGGUGAUCUGCUCCUUCCGUUCUUUUGCCGAACAGAGCAGCCGGGGAAGUUCAAGGAUAUCCUAGAUUGACACGCCGCAGCACUGUCGACCAUUGACGAGGAGAAGGAUGUCAUUUUGGUUGCCUUGGUGGCCUUUGCUUGCCCGCAAGUCAAUCCCAAAGCCCGGCCAACAUGCAGCAAGUAUAUCAGGCACUAACAAAUAGAAAUCGCCCAGCGUUCAUGCCGGCCAGGCCCCUUCAUGAAAUCAGGCUGCAAGAUUUGCAUGAUUAUUGUGGCACCAUAAAGAAUAUAUGAGUCGAUAUAGUUACUCUACUGUAUUAGCAAUUACUCCAGUUUUGUUAAUGUAUCUACCCUGUCAUGUAUCAGGUUGAGUAUAUGUUUGGCAUGUGUGUGUUUAAGAUAAUGUAACUAUCCUGUCAUCUUUGAACUUUGAAGUGUCCUCUAGCAAUUAUAGAUUGCUGAUAA